UGAAUGAGAAGAGACUCUCCGCGAACGGUUCGGCUCAGUCACAACCAGAACACUAGGCAGUCAAGGUCUAGUCAAGUGGUUCGUUUAAUUUCAUACUUCAAGUAUUGCUUGGCAAUCAGUUUUGGUGCUGACUGCGAUUUGGUUGGUAGUAAAGUGCUUGCUUGGAAUACAGGUGUGUGCUAUAUUAAUUAGAGAGUUAAAAUGCCGCGCAUGUCGUAUGAGGAGUUCCUGGCUCAACGCACCGAGUUCGUUAGCCAGGAGGAAAGUCGUGCCCUUGGUGCAGAUGUGGUGCUGACCGAAGACGAACAAAAGGUGAACGAGCAUGUUAUGAAGCUGAAGAAAGCCGAAUUGGACGUAGGAUUCAAAUCACCCAUCGAUUUUGCUCCGUCCCGCCACUUCUUCAAAGUGUUGGAUCAGAUCAAGAAUUCGCCACUGUUCCAGCUAAUUCAAAAGAUGCCUAAGGGAGGGAUCUUGCAUGCUCACGAUACCGCCAUCGGAAGCAUGGAACCCGUCAUCAAAGCUACUUAUCAGAAGUUCCUCUGGCAGAAUGGAGAUUUCGAUAGACCCAGCCCUCCGCAUUUCAAGUUUUCAAAAACCAAGCCAGAACCUUUGGAUGGUGUUGAAUGGCGAUCGGUAACCGAUGUUCGAAAGGAACUCGGCAAUGAAGGCUUCGAUGAAAAUCUGAGAAGUUUGCUAACGCUCUUCGUCGAUAAUCCAGAAGUGGCAUACCCUUGCAUAAGCCAUGCUUGGGGUAGGUUCUUCAGUAUGUUCAUAUCCCUGGAACCGAUCAUUACCUUCAAACCUGUUUGGGAGGAAUAUUUCACCAACACCCUGAAGGAGCUAUACGCAGACAACGUAACUUAUCUCGAGUUCCGCGGAGUUUUACCUCCAGUGUACGACUUGGACAAUCGUGUCUACUCACCCGAGGAAGUGGUACAGAUCUACUACGAUCUGUCGGAAAAGUUCAAGAAGGAACAUCCGGAUUUCGUGGGAGUCAAAUUCAUCUACGCUCCGAUUCGGAUGGCCGAUGAUGCCACCUUCGAUGGAUAUUUGCGGGAGGCGGAAAAUUUGCACAAAAAGUUUCCUACCUUUGUGGCCGGGUUCGACUUGGUUGGACAGGAGGAUUUGGGACGACCGCUGACGGAUUUCAACGAACGAUUGCUGAAGCUGAGCUCGUCCAUUCAGUUCUUCUUUCAUGCCGGCGAAACCAAUUGGAACGGGCUAUCGGAUGAUAAUUUGAUCGAUGCCGUCCUGCUGGGAGCGAAGCGUAUCGGACAUGGAUUUGCUGCCGUUAAACAUCCACGGGUGAUGGAGGAGCUCAAGAAGCGCAACAUCUGCAUCGAACUGAAUCCCAUCUCCAAUCAGGUUCUGAAACUGGUGGACGAUUGCCGCAACCAUGCGGGUGCGAUUUACUUCUCGGACAACUAUCCGGUAGUGGUUUCCUCGGAUGAUCCUGCCUUCUGGUGCGCAUCUCCACUGUCGCACGAUUUCUACGUAGCAUUCCUAGGACUGGCAUCGGCUCGACAGGAUCUACGACUGCUCAAGAAGCUGGCACUCAACUCGAUCGAGUACAGCGGGAUGACCAAGGCGGAAAAGGUGGAAGCCAAGCUCAAAUGGAACGUUGCCUGGAACCACUUCAUCGAUCAGACACUCAAGACAAUCGAUCAGUAGGGGGGAUGAUAUCUUUACAAACUCAGUAUUCAUCCGUCAGCAUCGUAGCAUCAGAGACAUUCGAGCGAGCAUCAUUCCAUCAAGUGAACCUAAAUUCAAUGUUAUCUCAUGCCAUUCGUAUGUCUUCCGUUCGGGGGCCUUAUCUUAGAGGGACAAUAAAAUGUUGGCAGCGAUAUGG